GUAGUUUUCUCCAACCUUCACCCACGAAUCCGGGUGCUGGUUGCGCUGGGCUUCAUGAUGCUGUCCAUGUUGGUGAUGGCUGUUGUUAUCCUCACACUGGAAUGCUACAGUCUUUACUGGGUGGUUUUUGCUUACGCGCUUGGUGGCGCCGCCAUGGGGUCCUUUGAGUCCAACUUGCUGACCUGCUUGACACCUUUGGGAAGUCGCACCAAGAGCAUUGCCAUCCUCGGCAUCCCGCUGGGUAUCAAUAGUAUUUUGAUCGGUGGAUUUUAUCUCAUGGGACCACCACUCAAGGUGUCCGUCACGGCUGUCUUCGCAGCGGUGGCAGCGUUGAACCUCAUGGGAAUGCUGAUCUUUGCGCUGCGCAUACCACGCCCCGCACAUGAGACAGGUGGCGAGUGUGGGGCAAGCGAGAUCGUCGCAGACUGUAAAGGCUGCAGGCAGUGGUUGCCACGCGUCUGGCACUACCCACUUGCUUUCGCCGUUGACACCUUCACGCUUGCAGGCUUCUCUCCGGGUCUUUCCCUGUACUUGUAUGACCAGGAGGUAGUGCAGCUGACCGAGAGUUUCGCGAUGGCAACGAAGACGUUCUUUGCGUUCUACAACACAGCCAAUAUGCUCGGAGGUCUUUGUGGACGAUGGCUCAGCUACCGAAUUCGUCCACGCCAUCCGGCCGUCUACGUAGGCUUCAGUACUGCGGGCGUCUUGCUGCUUCUGUCGCUGCGGCCUGUGCUUGCCCCAUCGGGAGCUUUCUUGGUAAUGCUGGGAGACGGGUUGAUCUAUGGCACGAUCAGUCGCUACGUCGAUUCUGCUAUACCUGAGGAGUUCAAUCUCAUCGCGAUUUCAUAUUGGCUUUUCAUCGGCGACAUUGGCAGUCUCGUGGGGUCAAAUUUGAUCUGCUACCUCCGCGACAUCCCCUCAGUCCAGGAUUUCCUGGCAAGCAAUUCAGCUCCCACCUGCACCGCUGGUAGCUUUUUCAGCAGUGGUGCUGGCGCAAUGAGCUGGUGGUUCUCAGACGAGUGCGAGGAUUCAGUGCAGAUAUCUGCCGGAUCAAACACCAUCUUGAUCUUCCGUCCUGGCAUGUUCGACCUGGAAUGCAGAACAGAUGAGGAGACAUUGAUGCUUUCAGCAUCUUUGCUCGAGCAUGUGGACCCGCUGAUCCUGACUGGCAACGAAGUCGGCGACCUCGACUGGCUGCGGUGUGUUGAAGGCCCACCUGGUCCAGAAGGCCACGCCAUCAACGUGGUGAACUUGUCCAGCCGGCUUAUGGCCAAGUUUGACGAGCCCGAAGCGCAGAUAGCUACGACUUGCUACAUCUGUUCCGCCACAUGGACGGAGCUGGUAGAUCAAGCAUGGCGAUGCGCUGUGCAGCCUGCUGUGAUGCCUUUUAAGGUUCCGCCGCCGCCAGUUGAUGAUGGUUUCUACGUGGCAGUUCCCAGCUACAAGCGUGCGGAGUUGAUCCAGCGGAAGACACUCGCAGUAUUGCAGAGGCACGGCAUUCCAAAGAACCGCAUCUACAUUUUCGUGGCAUCAGAGUCCGAGUACGCGGUGUAUCGCUCUGCGUUGAGUCUGCUGCAUUCAUGGCAUGCCCGGCGCAGUCUGGGAAGUUUUCCGCAGUCUUUCAUGAGCGGCUCCAGCCGCUUGCUGCUAAGAUUGACAUCAGCUUUGGUUGUUUCGACGGUUUUCGAAGAUCAUCGAAAGAACUGUAACCCAGAGCCCAGUACCUGA